AGCUCGCCGUUGCGAUUUUCGGAGUUCGGACUCGACUGCGACGGAUCCCUCUCUUUCCACUGUUCACGGCGAUAGAAAUUUGCAGGUGAGGGAGAGAGAGAGAGAGAGAGAGAGUUUUCGACGGCGAAAGGGAUUCUCAGAGAAGAUAAGAAGGAAAUCAUCAAAUUCCGACUCUCUCGACUUGAGGCCCGCGCUGUUCCGUACGGAUGCUUAGUUUCAGGUAUUCGCUGCCAGUUACGACGAGAAGAUUUGAAUCAAGUCAGAUCUCCAGAAACAUUAGAAGUAUUGUGGUGUGCGCGGCGAAAGGUCCCCGGCCUAGAUAUCCUCGAGUAUGGAAAUCACGGAAGAAAAUUGGGACCAUCUCCAAGUCUGAAAAGCUUGUUGACUGUGUGAAGGGAUUGUCAAACGUAAAAGAGGAAGUUUAUGGGGCACUUGAUUCGUUUAUUGCUUGGGAACUAGAGUUUCCUCUGAUCACAGUCAAGAAAGCCUUGAAGACACUUGAGAAGGAGAAAGAAUGGAAGAGAAUAAUACAGGUCACUAAGUGGAUGUUAAGCAAAGGUCAAGGAAGAACGAUGGGAAGUUACUUUAUAUUGCUUAAUGCAUUAGCUGAAGAUGGCAGGCUUGACGAAGCUGAGGAACUAUGGGCAACGAUAUUUUCCCGAAAUCUGGAAGGCACACCUCGUAUUUUCUUCAACAAAAUGGUGUCAAUAUACUAUAAGAGGGGCAUGCAUGAGAAGAUGUUUGAGGUAUUUGCUGAUAUGGAGGAACUUGGGGUGAAACCCAAUGUCUCAAUUGUUUCAAUGAUGGGAAAAGUCUUCCAACAGCUAGGUAUGAUGGACAAAUAUGAGAAAUUAACAAAGAAAUACCCACCGCCAAAAUGGGAGUACCGAUACAUCAAAGGGAAGCGUGUUAAAAUAUCAGCGAAGCGUCUGAAUGAAUUCAAUGACGCUAACAAAAGCAGCAGUGUGAAUGGUGAUGCAAUGGUUGAGGACACUAAGCAAUUAAACAAGUCUGAUAGCGUAUCGGAAGGGGACACAACUAGUGCUGAUGAAAUGAUUCCGGACAUAGAUGGGGUUUGUGAAUCUGAUUGAUCUCUUCUAAUGUAUGUAAAGUUUUUGACAGUGGCAUCUAUAGCAGCUUAAAGCGAGAACGUGUUCAGUUCAUCUCUUCCAUCGCAUCAGAUAAUGUGCUAGAAGUCUUUGCUUGUUUUAUGGCC